CUAAUUUCAGGAAACAAGAAUUUAGGCCCUCUCUCUCUCUCUCUCUCUCUCUCUUAAAAAGAGGCAGAGAGAUCUGGGGUCCUUUCUCACUGUACGGUCCUGUCAAAGAAGGGUCUCUCCUAAAAAUCUCCGCCUUAGUUUUCUUGCUCAUUACUGGGUUUGAGAUUCUACGGCGUUCUCUUUGCUGUAGCAUUUAUCCUACACCAUGGGCGUCGAGGUUGUGGACUCUAACUUGCCUGUGAUUGAAACUGGGAGUGAGGCGAAUAUGUCAGUGGCCAAUGAAAAAGUGAACAUAAAAUUUGGCUCCCAUGUUGUCGAUGAGCCAGUGAAAGGGGAAGUGAAUAAAGUUUCUGAAUCCAAUCUCCCCAAGGAUGCUGUUGAUGAAUGGCCUGAGCCCAAGCAGAUACACUCCUUUUAUGUUGUUAGAUAUCGGGCACUUGAAGACCAGAAGCUGAAGGCCAAGCUGGAUGUUGCUGAGAAAGAGUUGCAGAAAAAGAAUCAGGCUCGAUCACAAAUUGUGGAAAAGAUAAGGGCCAAAAGGGCCGAUCGAUCCCAGAUAAUAGCUCAAAUAAGGUCUUUAAGUGUUGAGAAUAAACAGUUCAGGACAAUCAUGGAUGAAAAAAGAAAAGAAAUGGAACCUCUCCAGCAGGCUCUUGGCAAGUUAAGAGGUACUUCUGGAGGUAGAGACAGGGGUUCGGGUGUGUGUUCAUCUGAGGAAGAACUCAAUGAUAUUAUUAAAAGUUUACAGUAUCGGAUUCAGCAUGAAAGCAUUCCUCUCAGUGAAGAGAAACAAAUCCUAAGGGAAAUUAAACAACUUGAAGGAACAAGGGAAAAGGUUAUUGCAAAUGCUGCUGAGAGGGCAAGGAUUCAGGACUCGCUGGGUGAAAAAGAAGUGAUUCAGGGUCAGGUCAAAUUGAUAGGAAAUGAUCUUGAUGGAGUUCGCAAGGAAAAACAAGUCAUCCAUGCAAAGCUUAAGCAGCUUGAUGAAGAAAAACUGGCCUUGGAGAAAGAGAUCAGUGUUUUAGAAGGGGAAUUGACAGCAAUUACAGAAAAGAGGGACAAAACUUUCGAAACCAUUAAGGAGAUGAGGAAACAGCGAGAGGAUGGGAAUUCCCCGUUUUACCAAAACCGCAUGCUCUUGACCAAAGCUAAAGCAAUUGCGGCAAACAAGGAUGUGGAUGCCUUGAAGGAGCUUUCAGACACAGAGGUUGAGAAGUUCAUGUCCCUCUGGAAUAGUGAUAAAGCUUUCAGGGGCGACUACGAGAGGAGAAUUUUGUCUUCACUAGACAUGAGGCAGUUGAGCAAGGAUGGCCGGUUAAGGAACCCAGGCGAGAAGCCACUGGUGCAACCGGAGACAUCAACGACAUCUGAAGCUGAGGUAGUCAAAACGAGUGCAAAACAAACCCCCAAAGAGAAUGCUGUAUCCCCCGCUCACAUUGAUGCUUCAUCCGAGCAAAAAGUUCAGAAAACAAAGGGUGCUAAAAACAAUAAAGAAGGAAAUAAGAAAACUGAAACCACCUUGGAGAAAAUUGACAAGGCAGACGAAGAGGAAUUCUUUACUACUGUUAAAUCGCAAAAGGAGUCUCUUCCCAAGAGGGAUGAAGUUGAUGAAAUGAAGUUGAAGGAGCUGAAGAGACAGGAAGAGAUAGCAAAACGCAAUCAGGCAGAGGAAAGGAAGAAGAAGCUGGCAGAGAAAGCUGCAGCCAAAGCAGCAAUAAAAGCCCAGAAGGAUGCUGAAAAGAAGCUCAAGGAGCGUGAGAAGAGAGCAAGGAAGAAGAACGGAGCUACAGCUCCUGCUGAGGAAUCUGAAGAAUCAACUGAAGCUGUUGCAGAGGUUGCUGAAACAGAGAAGGUGGAGGAAAAAAUUGAAACUCCGGCACCACAAAAGAACAGGGAUCGAAAAGAAAAUACCAUCAGGCACAGGGGCCGCCCUAGAGGUCCGGAUUCACUUCCAAAAGCAAUACUUAAACGCAAGAAGGCAACAAACUACUGGAUUUGGGCUGCUCCUGCUGCUUUGGUGAUUCUUGUACUUGUGUUCGUCGGCUAUAACUAUCUUAGUUGAGGUGGUAUUGUGGAUUGGAAUGAAGAUGGGAAACUUCUCUUUUUGGUAACCUGAGAGACAGGCUCUAUAUUAGUAAGCAUAUGUUUUUCCUUUUUUUCUUCUACCCUUCUGUUUCUUGGCAUCCCAUGACAAGCGAUACUCAGACUCAUAAUGUUGGUAGAACAAUAUAGUUCAAUAACUCUUUACUGCUCAUAAACUACACAUGUUAUUUCAAUUCUCCAGUUUCCUUUUGGGUUUGGUC